AUGAAAGUAGAGAUAGUCAAAGCUAAAGUAGGAUUGCGAAAAGUUAAUUGUCGCCUUGAACCAGGAUUUUUGGGGAUCUCUAUGUGUAGUGAUAAACUCCUCAAGAAAAUCGGUGGCAAAAUUAGCAGAAAGUUAACUCCCGAAGAAAAAGAUAGUAAAUUCGUCAGAGAAGAAACCCAGCUCCACUUGGAUUGGCUUACUUGUAGAAAAUAUGACCCCAAGACGCCUAAUUAUAUCCUGCUUGAUCUCAGCAGAUCUGGGGUGGCCAAAACCAAAAAGAAAUCAAGGGUUAUAGUAUUGGUUAAUAAAAGAGAUAUUCAUGAUUUUUACAAAAUAUUUCCUGGAAAAUCAAAAGAAUCACUGCCCCACAGAUCAAAUAUCUCUGCAACUUCUGAUUCGGUUACUUCGGACAGCAAUUCAGGUAAUUCUUCCACAUCUAGUUCGGAAAUAGAAGUUAUACAUAUACAUAUACAUAAGGCUGAAGCGGAUCCGAUCAAGUCUAAUAUCCCUCCUUCAGUCAUUGAGGAAAAGGUUUACUGGCUAAAAGACAGAAUAUUAUUCUUUGAACAAGAGAACGUUACCCUCAUACUUCUCCCGUAUAAUUGUUUUUCCGAUUCAACUGGAGAAGGGUUGCACACACAAGGGCGUUCCUCCCAGUGGAGACGGUUCUCAUGGUGUUGUAAAAAUCAAUUCCACACUCCCAAAGAAGAGGCGUUACCAACCGGCUUCACCAAGAGGAGAAGGGUUGCACACACAAGGGCGUUCCUCCAAGUGGAGACGGUUCUUGUGGGCGUU